UGCAUACAUCAUAUAUGGAUUAUCCACUUAACAUUGCACAUGCCGACCCCAUCGUAGAUGGUAUGCCUGACGCCCGCACGCCUCAGGCCGGAGACGACCCCGACGGGAUCGUGGAUCCUCAAGCAGCUGUUGCUGCUGCUGCUGCUAGUGGUGUCGGCGGUGAUGCGUCCCCUGCACAUGGAGAAGAGGAUCCGGUGGCUGCUCAGCAGGCUGCCAACGACGCGGAAUUUCUGGACAAGAUGCGCGGGUGGCUGAUGACGGUGGCCACGCUCUUCGUCGGCAUGGCGUUCCAGGCAGCGAUGCACCCGCCUGUCUGGAUGCCCAAGGACUACUAUCGGCGGAUAACCACACAUGGUGAACCCGCUUCCGAUUUCGAGACCAAGGACGACGAUGCCAAGCCGGCCGUCAAGGUCAGGGGUGGAGGUCUUACGGUACGCGUUUUCAUAGCGUUAAACACUGGUACUUUCGCGACAGGACUGGUUCUGUUGGUAACACUGCUAGUGAUGAAGAAGGCCCCAUCCAGAAGUGACAUGAAGCGCAUAACAUGCAUGGUGGUGGGUCUUGCCAUAACCGUGGCAUGUACGUUUGCCUCUGGUGUCUCCGGCGAUCCAUUUGCUGCUUUACUGGUUCUUGCUUUUCUUGUGAUAUACGCGGCUUGGACAGUCGUCAGUGUCAAGGGUUGGCUCGGUCGAACAAUCUAUAGAAACUGGUCCAGGCUGCGGUGA